AGCGCAGCUGGCCCACCAUAUACAUUGCUUUUUGCAUGUACUGUUGUCGAAUAGUAUUUCUUAAACUAAGGGAGACGAAAUAUUGUAUUUCUUUAACUUCCCCGACUUGCAUAAAUCCAACGUUGUGACAAGUUAUUCGGUACAAGAUGCAUAGACACGUGACAUCCGAUUAUAAAGGCCGCGACGAUCCACCGGCCGAAUUAGAAAGCCAAUUCGUUCUACGAAUGCCAUCGGAACCAGCAAAAAUUUUACGAGAGACGCUGCGUAGUGGAUUACCAUUAAAAGACCGCCUGAGCAUCAAGCUAGAAAAUGACAUGCGAUAUGGAGAAGUUAGAUUUGAUCACUGGCUGCUUCACGCGAAAGUCGUAGAUUUACCAACGGUUGUUGAAUCCUUGAAAACUAUAGACAACAAAAGUUUUUACAAAACUGCUGAUAUAUGCCAGAUGUUAAUAUGCAAGGAAGAGGAUGACCAAAUGACAACCGAUGAAGAAUCUCCAGUAAGGCAGAAGAAGAAAGACCCGAACAAAGUAGAUAAGAAAUUUUUAUGGCCUCACGGAAUCACACCUCCAGCUAAAAACGUCAGGCGCAGACGGUUUAGGAAAACCUUGAAAAAAAAGUAUGUCGAAGCCCCAGAAAUUGAGAAGGAGGUAAAAAGAUUACUUCGAGUCGACAACGACGCAGUUAAUGUAAAGUGGGAAGUAAUCUGUGAAGAUGAAGAUCAGUCUAAACCCAACAAAGUUUCGUCGUCUGGUACUGUUAAAACUAAACGAGAAAACAUCGAUGGCAGUACUUCGCAGAGUGUUGAUGUUGCUGAACACGAUAUAUUCGGAGAAGCUGUGAGUGACAGCGAGGAUGAUGAGGAGGAAGCAAAUAUUAACAUAAUGGAGCUGGAUGAGAACAGCAGGUUAUCUGCAGAUAGUCGAGUAUCUGACUCAAAUUCUAUGCAGGUGAGAUAUUCUGAAAGGUCUGGAAAUCACGCAUCAGGUAGCAGCGGACUAGUCACACAAUUUAGUAAAGAGAUGUUCCCUGAUAAUGACGAUGGCGAAAAACCACUGGUUGAUUUAUCUAAAGUACCCAAGGAAGAGACUUUCCAUUCAGAAUACAUGAUCCCAGACGAUUUCUCUCAAUCCCAACCAAUGGCUCUUACUAAUGACACAAUUCAAGCUCGGAUAGAUACACUUUACUCGGAACUGACAGAAUUAAAGCAACGGAGACAUCAACAAGAAAUGGAAAUAGCUAACAUUGAAAAUUACACAUUGAGGCAAAGGUUCCAAGAUAUCUUGGAUAACCUUCUUACUCAACAAAUUGAAAAAGAACAAGAGUUGCAAGACUUGCAGAGUAUGCUACAACAGUGAAACCCCGGCGAACUAUGUACAACUUUGAUGAUUAUUUUAUAAUGGGAGAAGAAGUCUACGUUGCAACAGGGAAUCUUAUAAUAUUAUAUUACAAUCAAUAAAUCAGUGGUAUUUCAUGGA